AUGGCGCCUCAAUCUUUCCGUGACAUCCUCGGCAUACCGCCCCAUUCUGCUUCCACUAGCGACUCUGCCCUCGUCAUCAUCGACGCGCAAAACGAAUACGCCGAAGGUAAACUCAAGGUAACCAAUGCAGCCUCGAGCAGAAAAGUCAUUGCCGAGCAACUUGCCAAAUACCGCAAAUCCGGUGGCAAAAUCAUCCACGUCAUGCAAAAGGAAGCCGACGAUUCACCAAUUUUCACGCCGGAAAAGCACGCUAUCUAG